AUGGCUAGAAGCUCGAGUUGGCUAGAAGCUCGAGUUGGCCAUGAGCUCGAUUUGGCUAGAAGCCCGAGUUGGCUAGAAGUCCGAUUGGGCCAUGAGCUUGAGAUAGCUAGAAGCUCGAGGUGGCCAGAAAUCCGAUUGGGCCAUGAGCCUGAGAUAGCUAGAAGCCCGAGUUGGUCAGGAGCCCAAGUUGGCCAGGAGCCCAGGUUGAAGCUCGAGUUGGCCAUGAGCCCGAUUUGGCUAGAAGCUCGAGUUGGCCAUGAGCCUGAUUUGGCUAGAAGCUCGAGUUGGUCAGGAGCCCAGGUUGGUGAGGAGCCCGAGAUUGUCGGAGGCACAACAUCGCGGUAUUAA